AUGACAGACCGCAAUGACCCAGUGGUGGAGCUUCGUGCACGUGCUGUAGUUUCUGAGACGCCGACGCGUAUACGCUUCAUCGCUGCCCGGUGGGGCAGCCAGGUGUCCUUCAGGUGCAUUUCCAGCUCUCCAGCAAAUUGGUACAAAGAGACAGAGAAGGGCAAGCAUCAGGAGAUGGUGAACACUUCCAGAGUCCAGGUGUUGAGGAACGAAUCGAUGGUCCUGAUGCACAUCCGAAAAAUCCAGCUCACCGACAAUGGCAUCUACUUCUGUGAGAACAACAAGACACAAAAUAGUCGGCAGCAGUGCUGCGGCACUGAAUUGCGAGUCAUGGGUAUCAGCACAUUUCAGCAAGUGCAGAGUCGAAACACCCUGAAAGAUGCCAUCAUCGUGAUCCAGUCCCUUCUUAUUGUCCUGUUUGUGAGUGUCCCUGUGUUUCUAACUAUGGGGAAGGGUGAUGGCAAGGAUGCACCGGCUGAGGACCACACUUACGAGGGGUUGAUGGUUGAACUAGCUGAUACAUAUGAAGACAUUUGUACUUACCAGGACAGAGUAACAGACAAGUGGAAUCUGGGAGAGAGUCCAGGCGAGGAGUGAAAAGUUUUGCAGCAUCUUCGGCAAGGUGUGCCACACCUGACUUGGCUACAGUGCUCUUGAUGCAGCUCUCACUUGCUUGCUUGCUUAGCUAUCAUCAGCCGAACUGCUAGAUCAAAUGUGGUACUCCUUCACUCCUGAUUCCUUGGGCAUUGGGUUUGCUGUUAAGAGGCACCCAAAGCUGGGGUAGCGGCAGACCCUAUUUAGAGAAACUCCCCUCCUAUCCUCCCCAUAGAAGAGGAAAACACAAAAUUGUAAAUAAUUAAAACUGAGGGUGGGUUUGAUUCUCACAUAAG